AUGACUAUCACUAAGAAGCCAGCUGUUUUCUACGUCAAUGCCGCCUUGUUUGACUGUGACGGUACCUUAGUAAACUCUACUGGAGCCAUCUCCGAAUUCUGGAGAGAUUUCGCAAAGACAAGACCACACGUUAACCCAGAAGAAAUUAUCAAGACUUCCCACGGUGUGCGUACCUUUGACGUCAUCGCCAAAUGGUCACCAGAAGAUGCCGUUGUUGAAACUGUUACUGCCAUGGAAGGUUCGAUUCCAGACUCGUUUGGUCAAUACGCCAAGCCUAUUCCUGGUGCUGUUGAGUUAGUCAAAUCCUUUGACAACUUGUCCAAGACACAGACUGCUGAUAAGAAGCAGAGAUGGGCCAUUGUCACGUCCGGCACUUUACCCUUGGCUACCAAAUGGCUCAAAUUGUUACAAAUCAAGCAGCCAGAUAUUUUCAUCACGGCUGAAAAGUGCUCCAAGGGUAAGCCACACCCUCAAGGUUACCAAAUUGCCAGAGACAGCUUGGGAUACAACCAUUCUGCCAAAAAGGUAGUAGUCUUUGAAGACGCACCUGCUGGAAUUGCUGCUGGAAAGGGAGCUGGAGCCUUUAUAGUCGGUAUCUGUUCCACCUACAAUCCUGAAAAGGUCAGAAGCGCUGGUGCUGACAUCGUGGUUGACGACUUGUCCUCUUUGCACAUUGAAUCCUACAACCCUGAAACUGACGAGUUCAAGGUAUUUGUGAAAGACUACCAUUACGCCAACGACGAAUUUUUUGAGGAUAUCUAA